AUGUCGACAGGAAACAUUGGCCUGUUCUCGAAUUCCUUCGCCUAUGAGCGAUGGAGUGAUAAGCGAACGGACGCAGAGGUCAUGGCAGAUGCUAAACGUGCCAUGCAAAGGAGGAAGGAACGAAAGUUGGCAGCGCUCGCUGCGAAAGAUGGCACCGAGCCAACAUCGCCGACAGCAACAGAGGGAGCCAGUGGCAGUGGAGGCACAUCGACGUCUACCUCCAGUCCUCGUCCAGAGUCGAAGUCGUUGGCUGGAUCAGACGUCGAGGAACUACCGUCCUUGGAGAAACUAACCUUAGGCGAUGACUCUCCAAGUCUCAGAUCGUCUGACGGGGCAAGGCCCAGAAGAGAUGCCCCCAUUCUCGACCCUCGAGAUGGAUCGCAAUCAUCGAGCAGCAAACCCGCCAACACAACAUCAUCCACAGCUGUCGACACAGCAUCAUCCACACCUGCCAACAUACCACCAUCCUCACCGCCUUACGCAGGCGGGUUUGAGUCAAAGGAUGUCGAUGAAGGAUCAGCGCGCACUGAGAAGAGAUCUAUCCUCGAUAAAUUCAGGCGGAAACCUGGACGGAAAGGAUCCUCUGAUCAGACAUAG